CCUUGCCUCUCCAUACUUACCCACUGACCUCGCUAAUCUUAUUAGAAUCGGUGUGAUUGAGCCGGUAUCGGCAGACGCGGCGCUAGCACAUCUCGUAAGCAAGUUCUUUGUUCUCGCCGAGGACGUACCGCGCUGGUGAGGAGUGCGCCGCCCGCGAAGCGCCCGUCAUCCCUUGUGCAAUAGUGAAAGUGUGUCCUGUGCCCAGUGGCUGCUUGCAGACAGCCACCAUACAAGAACAAAGACUUGAGUUUACACCUGCUGGAACUGAGCUUGUGAACAAAGGAGAAUGCUUCAGUUCAUCAUUUGCUGCAAGAUUGGUAUUGAUUAAGUGUGUGAUCUGCUGAAAUUGUCAUGUAUACUGCAUCAAGAACAUGAGAGAGUGGUGAAGUGUUGUCAACAGUAGCUGUGAGGUGUGUUAAUAUCAUGGGCAAAGUAUGGACGCUGGCGGGAAUAAUUUUGACUCCGGUCAGCAGCCACAGGAGCAGGAGUUGGCGACGAAGAUGCUGCAGAUCCAGUCGAAGCGGUUCUACCUGGACGUGAAGCAGAACCGGCGCGGACGGUUCAUCAAAGUGGCCGAGGUGAGCAUCGGCGCGGACGGGCGACGCAGCCAGAUCUUCCUGGCGAUGUCGACGGCGGCGGAGUUCCGCGACCACCUGUCCAGCUUCAGCGACUUCUACUCCUCGCUGGGCCCCCCCAACCCCGACAACGUGCCUGACGACGGCAAGCUCAAGUCCGAGAUGAUGCUUAAGGACAACCGGCGCUACUACCUGGACCUGAAGGAGAACUCGCGCGGGCGCUUCCUGCGCGUGUCGCAGACCAUCACGCGCGGCGGCCCGCGCUCGCAGGUGGCGCUGCCGGCGCAGGGCAUGAUCGAGUUCCGCGACGCGCUCACCGACCUGCUCGACGACUUCGGCACGGAUGACGGAGGCGAUGAUCCGGCUGAGGCUUGGUUUGAACCGGAAUGGUUCAAGGGCGAGCUGCCCGAGGGCCGGCACCUGCGCGUCGACAACAAGAACUUCUACUUCGACAUCGGCCAGAACAACCGCGGCAUCUACAUGAAAGUCAGCGAGCAAGCAGGAGGCAGAAAAGAAGUGAAAAGUAACUUCCGCACGGCGAUCACGGUGCCGGAGAAGUGUUGGACGCGGUUCCGCGACAUCCUGGCGGACUACUGCGACAAGAUGUGCCGCGCGCACCAGCCCGCAGACUCGCACCAGACGGGGGCUAGCGGCGCGGGCUUGGCGGGCUACGCGGGCGGGGCGGGCGCGGGCGGCGCGGGGGGCGACCAGUCCGCGCCGCUCUCCUCCAACAUAGACACAUUCACGGGCAGCGCGCCGAACCGGAUUUGAUGCGAGCGCGGCAGCGCGCGGUACUGAGCGCGCCGGCCGCGGGGCGCCGGGCGCCGGGGCCCGCGCGCUGCGCCCCGCCCGCCGGGCCUCGGCGCUGGGCCCCGGCCGCCGGGCGCCGGCGCCGGCGGGGGCCGGCUCGCGCGGGCAGCCCGCGGUCCCUCACUAUCAUAAUAACAGCCGCCCCCCGGGCUGUCCGCACGUCCCACGUCCCGUGAAAACUGAUGCUUUAUUAUUAUGUGUAUAUAGUAUUUUAUAUGAUUAUUAUGUAGUAUGUUAUAUAUUUGGCGCUACGACGAGGCGCGGGCCGCUCCGCGCCUGCGCUCCGCUCUCACAUGGUACUAAUGAUGUUUGCACUUUGACAAUUUUAUUUCUUGUUGAUCAUUGUAUUGGUGAUAGGUUACGUCGCCGCGUCGCGCGUAACACACUCUACACACUACACAACGUUCGUGGCCUUUUAAUCUAAAUUAUUACUCGACCGCUCCUCCGAGAGGGCGGCACUAUUUUAUUUCCCUGAAAAAAAAAAACUAAUUUUAGACGGCUUUGAGCUUUAUUUUUAAAUUAUCACUUGAUUGUUUUAUUCUAAUUUGUGUAAAUAGUUUUCGGCACAUGAUAUCGAAAAUAUGAAGUGGAACGAAUGUUGAUACACUAUAACGAGAUGGAGUUGUAAUUCCAGAAUAUAAGUCAUAAUUAUUUUUGUUAAGUUAUAUGAUAUUAAGCAGCCAGGAGACAUCAGUACGUCGUAUGUUUGGUAUUAUUCGCUGACUAGGUAACGGAUAAACCUGGCUUGUCAUAUUCAAAUAAAAUAAAAACUAAAAAAAAAGUUAAAAUUUGCCCACUUAUCUAGUUUGUAGGUGUAUGUGUUUUUUUUUAAUAUGGAUUAUUUAAUGAUGUGGUUUUGUCUGUUGACACUGAGAGACGACAGCACGGGUGUGUGCGGGGAUCCGGCACCGGGUGUUUACAGGGCUCGUAGUAGAACUCGAAUCAUUAGGCUAAUGACGCACUGCUGUGAUAUUCAUAGGCGUACGAUCCGACGGAUUUAAAAUGUUGUAACGUAUGAGGCGGACGCGGCCGCGGACACGUCCUACUUGUUUGCUAGCUUUACGAACGUUCGAUUCUAAAUUGAAGAAUUUAUUGGCUCCGGUUCAAAAUUUUUGGUGUCAAAAUUAUUCAUUGGCAAAUUUACAUUUUAGGCUGGUUCGGUCACUCGCUGCUAUUUAGUAUACUGAUGGUCUGACCCACCGAGCGUCGCCCGAGGCCCGGCAGUCAGCCGGCCGGUCAGACAGAGUGGAACAAUGAGCGAGAGAGCUGCGUGAAGCUGUGAUAUUGAGACUGGCAGCGAGUGUCCGCACUAGCGUCGGGCUGGGUAGCGACGCUGGUGGCGGUGCCGCGGCGGUAUGUAAGCACCCUGUGCGAGUGUGCGUGCGUGUGUAUAUAUGUAUGUAUAUGAGUGCGCGGGACGCAGUAGUAUAAGUCAGCACUACACCAGGCGUCGGCGGUGCCUUUAAACUUACUUUAUUAAUGUAUUUAUGCAUUUUUUUUGUUUUUCCUUAUUAUCAUUUUUUAUUAUGACUACAUCACUCCGGAGGUUUCACCCUUUAUUGGUAGCUCUAGGCGUACCGCAAGGCGGUCGCAACAUCCGCUCUAGCUUUAUAUUGAGUAAACACUAUUGUACGUAUUCAGUAUCAAAUACUGGAGUUAUUUCGUUGUUGUAACUGUCAUCUGGAACCAGUUACAAGCGUAUGUCGGCGUUUCAAUGUAUCUCCUAAUGUGAAUAAUGCAAUAAAAUGUACGUUGUGUAUCUAUGGCCUGAUAUCAUUUUGUGUGUGGACAUUUUUUUAUAUAAAGUUGUUUUAAUCGUUUGUAUGUGUGUGUAAAAUGUAUCGGUUCAUAUGUGGUCAGUGGUUGAUACUGUGCACGGCGAGCACGUGUGCCGCGCGGACUGUCCGCGCAUACCCGCGUGCUGUCCGCGCGAGGCGGCGGUCAGUCCGCGCGGUACACUCACAGCCGUACUUAGGUUUGUUUCACACUGCUGCAGCGCGUUACUGUUUCAUUUCAUCCGAAUGUGCCCUCAACUUUUCUCAGUCGAUAUAUACGAUUUUGUGUGAAACGAAUAUAAGUAUACAUUUUAAAUUACUGUUGAAUGUAAUGAAAUUAAUUGACUGCAAGAUUAUUGUAAUAUGAACUGCGAGAUCUAUUUUACAUUGAAUAUUGUAUGUUUCGAUGUGCGGUCACUUGAGGAACUAUAGUAUAUUGUAAUGUGUGGUCGACGCUGAGUUGUCCCGCAGACAUAGAGUAGCAGUACCCGGGCUCGGCUCGUGUACAUAGUGCUCAGUGAGCGUGCUCACUCCACCAUGCUCCCUCAACUCGUCAGCGUUCACUACUGCAACUGGUUAGUGCGAGCGAGCGUCCGCGCGGUCCGCACGCGCGGUCGGUCCGCGCAUGCAGACCGCGCGGCCGCCGCUCCGUAGAGUAUUCACCGUGUAAGGUUACAUAGACAUAGACGCGCUGCGCUAGCCGGCGCGACCUACGUAGGUUAAUUUACAGUACAUUUUCCUCUGGAGACCAUUCUAUAUAGAGUGACAUAAGUUGGUGACGUCCGAUAAACUGUUACAUAUAGAAAAAAAAUAUAAAAUACCUAUAUAAAAAAAAAUCAUUUCUCUAUACGAUUAAAAUAUAGAAAUAUAAUAGCUCGCGGGGGCGGGCGUGGAGCGCAGCAUAGGCUAGGCUAAGCGGCGCCGGGCGCGGGAGCGGCGCGCGAACUCUAAGAGACGCGGACUGCGAGCGCCGCAAGCUUGUGGCUUCAUUUUAAACAUUACAAUUUUAUGGUACAAAAAUAAUUUUAGUUCCAUAGAAGUUUAAGAUCUACAGAGUUUAUAUUUAGACUUGAAAUAAAGAGGUUAUAUUCGCUCGGUCUCGGCCGGCCUGACCCGCGGUCAGUAAAUAUAAAUAAAUUAAUGCUAAAUGUAUAAUGAGAUGUAUAACGUACGAUAUAUUAGUGUAUGUCGAGCUAGCUAUCGCGUGGUCCAUACCGCCGGAGACGGCAGUCCGGCCGCUGCGCUGCGGUCGCCGCGUAGCGCGUAGCACGUAGCGCGUAGCCCGUAGCGGCGUAGCCCGCAGCGCGGCGCCGCGCUGUGAGAGAGUGCUGCCCCCUGUGAUACCUCGCGCGGUGGCCCCUCCCCCGCCCCGCCCACCGCGUCCCUCCCCACCCCGCCUCGCCCUUCACCCCCGCUUGCCAGUUAUCUCGUUAAGUUAGGUUACGGCAACUGUAGACAUACGUUCGUGCCAGUCGUCCCGGUCUGCCUGUGACCACCGAGUACUCUCUUCUUGCCCAGCUUCGCUGUACAGCAGUGCGUGAGCUUCCCUCUAGUACUUCUGAACGUGGUUUGAUGCGUGUCAUGACAGUCGGUGGUCGGAGUGACCGUAGGCCGCACGUGUUCAUGAGCUAGGCAGAUCAUCUGUCUGUUCAAUGUUGUUAAGAUGGCUGAUACGUGUCUGUCCGUAUAGAUGGAUCAUCUUGUAGUAUUUCCCAGUAGCGUCGGAUGAGCGACGAACGUAUGUCGUUUGUGCAGCGCUGUGUUUGUGUAGUUCGUGUGCAGUCUGAUGCCUGGUGGUGAUAGUCAAUUAUUAUAAUAUUCAUUAUUCGCGCCGCGCCGCCGCCGCCACUGCCGCCCGCUGUCCGCGCCAGUGGCGGCGCCGGCGCAUCCCACGCCGCCCCCCGCUCCCUAAGUGUUAAAUAGGUCACUAUAGUUACGAAACGAUUCAACAGCUAAACUAAAAACUAAAAAAAAAAAACAGAGUUAUAAUAGUACGUUAGUUUUAAUUAUAUUUCUGAUAUUAAUUGAUGUUUUGCUAAAAGAUAAUUUAUCUGUACUGUUAGGUGUCGCGUGCGGAGUGCCGCACCGGCGUAUUGUUUUACUGCGACGACUACACUGUGACACCAUUGAUUGUUUUACUGUUCCACCACUGCAGCUGCAUCGCUGCGCUGCCAGGCGAGCGCCAGCCAGAAACAUAAAACGUUAUUGUCGUAAGUAGUCCACUAGUGCCGGUUUUAUUUUUCUGGUCAGCCUCUACACCAAUUAACCGCCAAUGUACAAAAUAUAAACUUGUGAAAAAUCAUUUUAUAAUUACAUGUAAGCAAUACCACAGUACCUGAGAUUGAAAUAAAGAAAAAUUAUAAAAAAUGUAAUAGUAUGAAAAUAGCGGUUGGACACAAUACAAGACAAGUACUCGGCGGUUUUCGAUGAGCAGUAACUAAACAGGCUAGGUUUGCAACUCCAUAUUGUGGAUUUAGUUGGUAUGUGUUAUUAUUUAGGCGCGGUCGAGGAGGCUCAGGAGUAGGCAGGUUCGCGACGGGGGCCAGUCCCCGGUUAGUGUAAGCGGUUGAAGGGAUCACAUGCAGGUGAUAGAGUUGUUUAUAGGCAUAGUGUCGGCCGGGCGGCGCCUGCGCACUGCGCCGGGCCGGCUCGCUUCGUGCCAUAACACGUAGCGUGUGCCGCGGGCGCGUCCCGAGCGCGUCGGGUUCAGCACAUGUAUGUAUUAGGGUACCCUUUGUAUUUACGUCCAUGAGGAACGAGGAGAGGGCUUCAGUUUCACGUCAUUUGUCUUCUUAGGUCGAUGACUAAGAUUUGUUCAAUUUCAGUUUCUCGUACGAUAAGUGUGUCCCGAGCGAGGCGGCGGGCCGGCCAGUCAGCCGUGCGGCGGCUGCCGGCUCGCCGCGACUCUCGGAUGGUAAGAUAAGUGCUAAAGUUUCGUUCGACGGUGUUAGUGAAGGUCUCGCGCGCACUGGUCGCCGCCGGUCGCACCGCGCGACCGCGCGGUACCGCGGACAUAGGGCCGCGGAUCACGUCACGAUAAUAUCAUGAGAGUCAGAGGGAGGUAAAUAAAUGAUACUGCCAAUCGAUUGUAGUUUAUAUGUAAUAAUGGUAAAUGAUUUGUAGACUUAAAAAAUAACAAUUUCGAGAUAUUGUGUCCUAAAUAUUUAUGUAUAGUAUCGAUGCAUUUGGUGGCUGAUGUUGUUCAAACAUUCACACGAGUAUUCCGGUCGGCGGCCGUCGCUUGACGAUUUGUGGCUGUACGAGAGUACAUGCCUCGCGAACUGCGUGACGCGUGAGGAUGUCGGAACAGCAUCAGUCGCCGUGUAAAUGUUUUCCUUAGGAUGAGGAGGAUGGAUACAAACUGUGUUCUGUAGAGUACCGAUCGACAGGGCGUUGUCUAGAUAGGGUUGCGGCGCGGCGCGCGCGGACAGCGUCGCCUGUCCGCGCGCGCCGCGCCGCUAUACGCGGACUGAGUUCGCGAAUGAUGCUAAGAUGUAAAAAAAAUAGAUUGCAAUAUAAAUGUGGUUGUUAGGUAUAAUGGUGACGGCAUAUUGGGUGUUGUGUAUGGAGAGGGAAAGUGACUAGGGUAGAGUGAUAUCGACGGAGCGGGUUGUAAUAAGCGUCUACGACGGUCGAACUUCUAAUGAGUUGCAUUUUCUCGUAAUAAUUUUAAAUUUUGUAAAAGGAAUCUAUCUUAUAAAGUGGAUAAUAGUUUUGUUUCUCCUCAAAAGGGGCACCCAAUAUGCAAAGGAUUAGUUGGUAAAGUCGAUAUCGUAACGUUUGGAACUCUGGGACUGACAUGGCUCAUGUGAUGAGGAUAAAUUUUUUUUGAAUAUUUUUUUUGUCUAAAUUGUCAAAAUUUCUGUAUUCGUGUAAGACACGGCUCGCUAGUAUUGAGACUGGUUCGGUGUGGCGGCGGACGGGCGCGCUCGCUCCGCGCGCGGCGGGAGCGCGUCCGCCCGCCCGCGCGGCGCCGCGUGCCGCCGCUGUCGGCGUCACGCGCGGCAGCCGCGGCACGUGCGCAACGCGCCAGUGAGAUUUUGUAUCCAAAGAUUGUAUAGUGUGAUGUAUAACUUCCUAUAGGUUUAUUAUUAUACUAGUAUUUUAUAUACUUGUUGUUUUUUAUUGUUUGACACUAGUUGGUGUAACGCUAAUGUUUGGAACAUUGUCAGAUCUCCCGAUCGAAUUAAAAUUGCAAGUGUAAAAAUUGCUUGAAAUGUUUUGUAAGUCAUAUAACUGACACGAAUAGCCGCCUUAUGCGGUCUGUCUUAGAAUUAAAUUCAAAAUUUGACGGAUAAUAGCAGUGUCUAUAACAUUCAAUUUUGUAUUUCGUAUGUAUAAUAUAUAUUUUCUGGUGGAAUGCAAUGGAACUUCGCGCUAUGACUGUAACUAAGGUUCGGUAAGCUUGCCGAGCGUGUUGGUCAUGGCGCGAAGAGCUGAUGAUCGUGUGAGUGAGGACGGCAGUUAAACUGCAGCUAGAUGGUGCUUGUGUGUACUUACGAUGGAUAUCAUAUUAUUUUUAUUUUACAACUGAAAUUAAACGCCUAUUUAUUUUGUUUAAGUGCAAGUGAAAUUGUUAUAUUUUUAUCAAAAUUAGUUUUGUCAAACUGUCCAUGUCUUAAUUGUAAGCGCGACGCGUGCACGCGGCUUGGCCGAGGCGUGGAGGAGGCGUGGCGCCGGCGCGUGCACGCGUGGCGCGCGGCCGACGGACGCGGCCGCGUGACGUGAGCGCCGCGUGCGCGGGACACGAGCUCCACAUACACAAGGCGGAAUAUUGGUGCGCGACUGCGACGCGCGGUGUGCCCUAGGAAAGUUUUACGAUAAAUGGUGAAAAAAAAUAAAGAAAUUACAAAAAUAAA